ACUCCCCCCAAAUAUUUAAAGUAGAUAAUCAGGAGGGACCGAAUGGGAUGAGAACUCCUUUUCCCCUCAUUGUCUGCAAUGAUGACGUUCCCCAAUACUGGGAGAUUCCUUGCUGCGUCUCCAUUGGUUUUGAAUAAAAUUAUCAUCCCCACUAUUUGGACUAUUGAACUAAAUAAACUCACAAAACAUCAAGGUGGACCACGGACACGAUGUGGUCUAAACUUCAAUAAUGCCUUGCCUUGACCUCUGUCACUAGACAACAAAACCCUAUUAACUGCUCCUUACGAGCUUAAAAAACCAAUCUUAUCCUUUCCACAAAUACCAAAAGUGGUUCGCAUCCAUUUAACUUCAAUCCAAGCUCGUGUCAAAACGGUACUUUGGCAACAGCCUGAAGAAAGAUAGUUCAAAGUCAAUGAUGACGACAGCGUUUGGAGUUCAACCAGAAACAAAAAGUGAUCAAAUAGAUAAUUUUAGGAGACAAUCAAGCAAAACCCUUCACCUUUACAAAGUAUCUUCCAGGAAGAAUUGAGUCACGGGAUGGGUAGGAUUGGCUGCAACAUCAAUGGAAAUCUUGAUGACACGAAAUUCAGUGAGCCUAUGCCAUGGAUUGGCAUCUACGUAGCAGCAGCGUCUCUGACCUGUGCAGCGGCAAUGGGCGCAGACGUCAUCCAUUGCUUCCACCAUAGGAAGCUCUGGUUUCCUUGUAAGUUCUUCUCUCUUAAUUCCGUUUCUCUGACUUUAAUUGGAGUCGCAAUCAAGCUCUCAGUGGAUCUGAAUACCUCCAUGCCUCGCUGCCAGGAUCAACUGGCAAAACUAAGCAGCUCUGUUUUUAUCUGCACAAUAAUGGGUAAUUCCAUGCCUUCUCUUGGUAUCAUGGAGAAUACAGAACUUUUCUCAAACAUUAUAGCUCUGGGAAUACUUGUUAUUACCGUUGUCGUCAAUGUUGGCAUUCAAUUAGGAACUGGAGUCAUUUACAUUUUCUGGAAAGAACACGCUUUUAUCAUGUUUAUCAUGCUUGUGAUGCUUUUGAUCCUCAGUUUUUCCGCUUUACCUGUUCCAACUACAAAGCAUUAUCUAGAGAAGAAGUACAAGAAAAAACAUGAAAUAGCCCAGAAAGAAAGCUUAAGCGAAACAGACACCAUAGCACUUGAGAAACUCAAAAAAAACCUAAUGGAAUAUUGUAUGAUGGCUCAUACCAGCAGCCCUCAGUUUGUUAUGGGACGUUCGGUGACAUGCAUUGCCUCAGGUGCAUUCAGCCUCCUGGCUGCCAUAACUUUAGCAGAAGCCAUGCUUAGAUCUUACUUGGUGCGUGAUUCAUUCAAAUUUUGUAUCGGUGAAUCUGAUUACAAGUGGUCAACUACAGUAGUUCUUAUUAUACAGACAAUUGCAGUAGUAGUGGGUACCAUAGCUCCAGCACUUCGAUGGCUGCUAGCCAUAAAUUUCAGGUGUGCAAGUAGAGGGAAACAAAUCCGCAAAGUAAAACUCAAAGUAGAACACUACUGGAUCCAGAGCCUGGUUGAAAUGAAAGAGAAGUCAUUAGGUUUACGAAUCCAAAAUCGUCAUUGCAGGAAACUUGUCCAUGAAACCAAAAAUCUAAUUCUGGACUUGUGUAUUGCUAUCCAGUCUGGAAUCGUGAUAGUAAGCAAGUUGAUCACGUGCAUUUCAAUAUGCAUGAUAGCCCAGAUCUUGGUAUGCUUUGACUUUUGCAAACAGCUCAAGAAAUUCAUACCCCAAAACAGCAUUAUGAACAAUGAAUCCGGUUCAGAGUCAUCUACUAGCACAAAGUUGGAUCUCGGUCGUUUUGUUUUGCAUCUUGAAGGUGAAGAUCAACUGGUUGAGUUGAUGAUGAAGAACAACCGAGAUGCUACAGAUCACCGAAUAAGGAUGGGGAAAAGGAAACAGCCAAAACAUCUCAUAAAACUACUGGAAAAAGCAGCUUUUUCAAACGGAUUCCAAGGAAUUAAGGAAUUUGACAGUGAUGAGGUUCCCUCCCUAGAUUCUGAAGAACCACCAAAUUGCUGGGCUCUCCCUGUGGUGACGCUCACAAGCAUUGCAGUUGCCCUUCCAGACAUCAACCCCUACUUGAAGAAGCAGUUACUACUUGGUGUCAAUGAAGGACUCACGUAUAUCAGACUUGUUGAGAAGAACUUGGACACUGGAAGAAAAUUGAGAAACAUCACAAGGACUGCAGAUUUUGUGUGGCUGGGAGUCGAUCUCUAUCACAAAUGGCUUGAUGUUGACCUCCACAAACUGGCCCUCCAAAGGAGAAGUCCAAAGGACACACUCGAAGAGCUUGCUGACAAUGCAAAGAAUAGGCUUUUAGAAUUCAAUAGGCCAACUGUAAAUGGAUGUUGGAAAGAAAGCGCUUCAAAAUGGCCCAUUAAGGUACUGGCUGCAAACUCCAUGUAUAGAAUAAGUAAAACUCUUUUGCUAAAUGAAGAAAGCAGAAAUUACCAGAUGAGUAAAAGCUUGUUUGAAGGACUUGUUAUCAUGAUGUCUCAUAUUAUCAGCGCUUGUUUGAGUAAUCUACAGAGAGUUAUAUACAACAAGUGUUUGACCACCUCCAUUGAAGAGAGGGAAGAAAGUGUAAGACAUGCAGCUUUCCAUCUGGGUGAAACUGAUAAGAUUCUGAAAAUUUUAGAGCAGAAGACAUUUCCCAAGUUGGAUCCUGAUCAGAUGGCCUGCAUUGAUCAGUGGCGUUUGUCAUAUAAGCUGGAGAACCCUCAGUCCUAUAGUUUACCAUCAAAGAGUGAUAUGUUCUCAUCUGGUAUAAGUGACUUGUGCCUAAGUGUAGAGUAAAUUUUGACAACCCUGAAACCGAGAAAAAGAGAAGCAGUUUAUGUUGUACACGACCAAGAGAAUUUUGUAAAACAAAUCUAGCAUGAAGCUUGUAGAAAAUAGUUUCAGCUUUUCUA